GUUGAGACUAGGUGAGUAUCUAGUUGUAAGCUUUAUGACGCGUUGACCUUUAUUAUUUCGCUUUUCUUACACGAAGAAAGAAUUGUUUUCGUGUGAGUUGGUCGUUCUAUUCUCUACGACCUUCCGUGGAAAGAAGAUAGCGUUUGUCGAUUUCUGAAGGCUAAAAUGUCUUUAGAAAACAGCCAGUACACGUUUCACACUCUUCAAAGUGCCAACCAGAAUGCUUUCAGGAAAGAGGUGGAUAGAAUUACCAAAGAAGCUGAUCAUGUUGAAUCCAGUGAUGAGGAGACUCCUCAAUCCACCAACGCUCCCUCUCAGGCUAAACGGGGAAGAUUCUCUCAAAGCCAAGACGGCUCUCAAAGGCGCAACCAUUGCCCUUCUAGAGCCAUCAGUGGUGUAGUGCUUGAGGUUCAUCUGGACAACUUUUUGUGUCAUGAUAGCUACAAAGUGGUGCUUAACAAAGAAAUAAACUUUAUCGUUGGCCGAAAUGGUUCAGGCAAGAGUGCCAUUCUCACGGGCCUUGUUGUAGCCUUAGGCGGAAGUGCCAGCACCACAGGACGUGGAGCAGCACUCAAGGACUUUGUCAAGCAUGGUUGUCCUACUGCCAGAGUGAAAUGUAUCAUCAGUAAUGCAGGGGCUUUAAAUUAUCAUAGGGAUCUUUAUGGAGACAAGAUACAAGUAGUAAGAACUAUCCAAAGCCAAGGUGGUUCAAGCGUCAAGCUGCUUUCUGAAAACGGGAAACUUGUCUCAUCAAAAAUGGAUGACUUAAAAUCCAUGACAUUACAUCUAGGCAUUCAGGUUGAUAAUCCAAUAAGUGUUCUUGAUCAAAACACUGCCAGACACUUCCUCAACAUGAGUAAGCCUUCUAACAAAUUUGAUCUAUUUAUGAGAGCUACCAAUCUGGAGACACUGCAGAAGAUAUACAUCGAUAUUGCAUUGUCUGUUGAUAGAACUCACCAGGAGAUCAAGAAAAAAGAAAGAGAAUUAGUUGACAACAAUGCUGAAGUCAUUGAAAUCAAAAGAAAAUAUGACAUGCUUCAAGGUCUUGAAGCAGAUCGAGCAAACGAAAAUAUCUUGAAAAUGGAGUUGCUCUGGGCAGAGGCAAGAGAUUAUGGGAGUGCCUUGGCGCGCGCUGAAAAAGAUCUUCAGAAAGCUGUAAGAGAGAAAGAGCAACUUUCAAAUACACUAUCUUCUGAAGAGCAGUCUGAGACAAUACUGCAAGAAAUAGAGUCUGCCAAAGCUGAGGUUGAUAAGCUGAAGGAGCUGCGAAAAGAAGUAGAAGACAAUUUAAAGGAACUUAGGACAAAAAUGCAGACUAUUAAUCAGCAGCAGAGGAAGAUUGCCCAGGAGCGGCAAGCAAUUGAAAAUCAAAUCAAGUCAGACAAAACUACACUUGAUGCGUACAAGGCUGAAAUUGUAUCUCAAGAGAGGAAGCUGUUGCCAGAACAUAUAGACAGGAGGCGGAAACAAAGAGAGGAGAUCCAUGAGCUGCAGGGUCGAAUGCAACAGCUCGAAGAGAAUCAGGGUGCUAAGCAAGCUGAAGUGAAAGCACUGCAAGCUAAGGCUGUGGGCAUCAAUGAUACUCUUGAUCAGCUGAAAAGAAACCAAAGGAGGCUCGACAGUGAUUUGAGAAGCCUCACUACCAAUCUUCAGGGCCUUGAGUCUAAUGAAUCCAACCUGUCCUUGUUUGGGCCAUGUAUACCAGAGCUUGUAAGGCAAAUUGAAUUAAACAAUCGCUUUAAAAAGAAGCCUGUCGGUCCACUUGGUUCUUAUGUGAAAGUGAUGGAUUCAAAGUGGACCUUGGCUAUAGAGAGUGUGAUUGGGGGACGUAUGAACACCUUUGUUGUAGAUAAUUUAGAUGACGAAAAACUCCUUCGCAAUUUGAUUCAGAGAAUAUGUACUCGGGGUAGACAGCCUGGCAUCAUUCGAACCAGCUUUCCCACUACGGUGUAUGAUACGUCGAGAAGGGCUGCUCGCACUUCCGAGUAUGGGAACAUUCUGGAUGUUGUUGAGAUCUCUAAUGUAGUUGCUCACAAUAUACUCAUAGAAUUGUGCAGUUUGGAGUCUACCAUGCUCAUUCCAACUGAUGAUGAGUGCUACCGAUUGCUAUCUAAUUUGACGUCUGUGCCAAGGAAUUGUGGAAGGGCUUAUACAUUGAAUGCUGACUCAUACUUUCCUGCACCCAACUACAGAACCUAUUCAUCAAACCAGCGAUCUGCGGCAUUUUUACAAUCCUCCCGGGACUCUGUAAUAAGGGAAACAAAGCAAAAAAUUCAAGAUGCACAAGGGAUGCUGCAAGAGGUGAACCAGAAAAUGGCUAGUGCGAGAAAUGAGUUGGAAACGGUUGACAGAGAAGUGAUGCAAAAACGGUCUGCUAUGCAGAACCUUGGAAGAGUGAUCAUGGAGACCAAAAGAAAGCUAGAUGAGUUGAAGGAUGCUGAACAGCCAGACACUCACUCAAUAUCUGAGCUCAAAGAAGAACUUGCUGAGCUAGAAAGGAGGCAAGAAGAAAAGCUUAAUAAGCUGAAUGAAUUCCCCUCCAAAAUAGAUGCGUUGAAGAAGGAAGGAAAAGAAACUGAGAAAAGUGGGAGUGUGUUGAAGCAGAAAUUUAAAGAUUUCACAGAGCAAAUGGAAGCUCAUAUUCAAAAGAAAACAGCUUGUACUGAGAGGUUGGAAGAAAUUAAAUCUGCCCAAAGCAACAAGAAACGUAAACUGGAGCAAGUCAAGAAAAAAGAGGAGCAAUGUACUACCGAAUGCAAAGAGCUUGAAGAUAAACUGAAUGAAAAGAAGUUGGCUGCUGAAAAAUAUGAAGAGCAUCUACGGUCGGAAGCUUUAGAGAAGGGGUUGGAAAUAGAAAGCAAAUCUGGCACUGAUAGGAAAAUUAAGGUGAUUGAUCAAGAGCUCCGUAAUUUGUCUAAACGACUUGCAAGCAUUGAAAAAACACUUGGUCAAGAUGCCGAAAGUACAGAAAAAGAAUACCAUGAGAAGCUAGGAGCAUACAAUACUACUAAAAAAAGAAUCACUGAUCUCAAAUCAAAUGCUGCAAUUAUGAAACAUGCUCUUGAUCAAAGAAAGAGUCUUUACCACACUCAAAAGAGCCUAAUGUGUGCUGUAGUAUCACACCAAUUUACCAGGGUAUUAAGGUAUCGAAAUUGUACUGGAAAUGUUAAGGUGAACUUUGAAAGACGAAGUUUGGAUAUUAGUGUAGGUCCUAUCGACGAAGGUGAAAGGGCUGGCUUAGGGACAUCAUCUCUUUCCGGUGGAGAGAGGUCAUAUGCUACAAUGGCUUUUGUAAUUGCUUUAUGGAACGUCACUGAGCUGCCCUUCUAUUACUUAGACGAAUUCGAUGUGUUUAUGGAUAUGUUGAACCGGCAAACGGUUCUGACACUGUUACUGAGGUUUGCUAAGCAGAAACGCGGUUAUCAGUUCGGGUUUUUAACCCCUCUUGAUACCACUGCUGUUUCAUCAUCUUCAAAAGUGUCCAUUUUCAAGCUUAAUGAUCCUCGACCUUGAGCACUCAAACAGGAAGAUUAUUUUAUUUUUGUAUUUUCUAAAUGUAUGUUAAGAAUUUCCAUUUCAUAAGUGCCAUUUAUGCUGCUUUCUCGUUUUAUUGUUCCACUUGCACUGGAUGUGGGUUGCUUUUCACAAGUCCAUAAUCCAAGUUUCUAGUUUUAUGUUUUAAUACACAUUGAAAUAAAGAAAUGUUAAAUUA